AUGUUCCAGGUCUUCUUGAUGCGCCGCAGCUCGUGCGUAUCAAUCGCUAUACCCAAACCAAAAACCAGAGCUGAAUAUGUUCCGAACGUUAAGAAAUACAUCCAAAACACGUCUGCGGAGAGAUCCUUCCUGAAAAACCCUAAAUUCAUCGAGGAGCUGGCAGGGAAAGCUGCAGGCCUAGCCGAAGACCCGAUUUGUGGCAAGGAACUCUUCACCAAAACGGCCCUCGUAAGUGUGUAUCAGCAAGUGCUGUACUGUAAUUCCAACAGCCUCGAAUUCGAAGAGCUAGGCGCCGUAAUCGCGCCGCUGAAGCUUGGUGGUGACACUCCGAUCGGCACGAAUCUGAGGAGAAAGAUCCUCGAGCCGUUAGUCUACAGCAAUUUGCCCAAAAACCUCAAGAGACCACUACUCAUUUCCGUCAUCACGGACGGUAUGCCUGAGCUGGAACUACGGUCGAUGUUUGUAGACGCUAUCGCGGAGUGUGGCGAUGAGCUGAAAGCGUCUGGACUCUCUAGAAAAUGCGUUAGGUUUGUUUUUGGUCAACUUGGCUUGGCCCCUGCAGCGACAAGAUUCUUGCAAGAGAUAGGCCAGAACCCGAAGAUCGCAGAUGUUAUAUUUGUUGCAUUGGGUAGGUUAGCAAUACAAGUCAUACACAUUACACAAUUAAGCAACAGUGCACCUGCUGACAGGUCGCAGAAAAACUAG